AUGUCUGAAGAAUUUAGCAUGUUAGGAGAAUUGCAGAACACGUCCUACAAAGAUGAAGCUAGGGAUGAAACAGUAGUUAAACACGACCAAGUUAUAAUCGUUGUACCUUCUUUAGUUUUGGACUUUUUCUUGACAUUUAACCUGUUGAUCUGUGGAAACAUCAUUGCUCUUUUUGGAAUUGUCGGAAACAUCAUCAACAUCAUAGUCUUUAAAAAGCAGGGCUAUGAGGACAGCGUCAAUAUAACUUUAACUGCUCUGGCGAUAACUCCUAAACUAGACACAGCUGUUUCUAACAAAGAGAAAAAAGUUGUCCUGAUGUUGAUUGUCGUCUCCGUCAUCUUCAUCGUCUGCCUCAUUCCUCAGUCAUCGACACUGACGGCUGUCGGUCAAGUGUCCAGUUUGAUGGUUGGUGGCAUGAACUUUGACCUGGCUAUGGUGUGUUACAGCAUCUCGUAUCUGAUGGAGACUGUCAGUUCUAGCGUCAACAUCAUCGUCUACUACAAGAUGAGCAGCAGUAUCACACAGCAGAGAUACCAUAACAUAACAUCUACAGCUAUGUCUGUAAAUGUGACUUUACAAACUCAGUUCGGUGCUUCACUCUACGUCAGUCCAGUCGCUCUGGAGUUCUUCCUGACCUUUAACCUAUUGAUAUGUGGAAACAUCAUUGGGGUUUUGGGAAUCUCCGGAAACAUCAUCAACAUCAUCGUCUUUUACAAGCAGGGCUAUGAGGACAGCGUCAAUAUAACUUUAACUGCUCUGGCUUUAAACGCACGAGCUGAGUGGAUAAAUUCUGUGUCUCGCAAGGAAAUCAAGAAAGAUAACAUCGUGUCGAAUAAAGAGAAACGUGUUGUCCUCAUGUUGAUCGUCGUCUCUGUUAUCUUCAUUGUCUGCCUCAUUCCCCAGUCAGCAAUACUGACAGCACUUAUCCAGGUGCCAGAUCUAAGUGCUGGGGGUCGGUACUUCGACCUGGCUAUGGUGUGUUACAGCAUCUCCUACCUGAUGGAGGCCGUGUGUUCUAGCGUCAACAUCCUGGUCUACUACAAGAUGAGCAGUAAAUACAGGAACACUAUUAGUGAACAUUUUUUACAAUGUUAUAGCUAA